AUGUCACCCCCUUCCGCCUCUCUCGCCGCACCCAAAUCUGACCCCAUUUCCAUCGCCACCCUCUCUCAACACGACGGAUCGGAUCCAAACAAGCCCAUUUACUUGGCCAUAAAGGGAACCGUCUUUGACGUAACGGCCAAGAAAGAGAUGUACGGACCCGGAGGUAGUUACAACAUCUUUGCUGGAAAGGAUGGGAGCGUCGGACUCGGCAAAUCAUCCUUGAAGCCCGAAGACGCGAUCCCGGAUUACAAGACGCUCGAACCGGCCGAGAUGAAGGUCUUGGAUCAGUGGUACGAUUUCUUCUCAAAGAGGUACAAUGUUGUCGGCAAGGUCUCGCAGUGA